AUGCAAGACUGGAAUCCGCUUUCAGAAGAGUUUUAUCAAAAAAUCAAGUCGACAGAUCCUCCUAAAGCUUGGCACCCGCUUCGCAACAGCAUCAUCGAAUCUCUUCUAGUUCUGUAUAAAUUUGAUGAUUUACUGGAUGGAAAAUAUACUCGAAUUGUCGAUAGCGUCAGAAAAACAGUCAAAGUGGAAUUCCGCGAAUCAUCAGUUCAAGAAAUCAACGAAGCCUUCAAAAUUGGCGGCUUAUGCUUGGACCUUGAAAAUCAUGAAAUCGUUUCUUCAUCACUUGAUUCUUGCUAUAUCAUCACAGCCGUUGCUUAUUGCGAGCUGAAGUUUUCAGUGAGCAUUGGAGAUUCAAAACGUCGCGGAAACUCGCUGCAUGUUGAAAACGAAGUCUUCAAAACGAAUCAACAAGUUCCAGUCGCCUUCAAAGCAGAUUUAUUUCCUGUUGAUCCCGAAACUGGCGAGCUUGGAAUGAGAAUGCGCCACGAUGGAUCGGAAUUGAGAGAGGGCCGAUGGAAGAAACUUGUGAGAAAAGAAGAAAAAGCUCUGCGAGUUCCUGUUGACUACCAGUACACUGAAAGUAGCCGUGUUUAA